CCCCAAACCAAAGUCCCAACCACCCUCUCUGUGAGAGGGAGACGUUAUAUCUUCUCCCUUCGAGCCCACGCCUCCACCGCGUCGCCAUUGAACCUUUCCCUUUCUCUCUUUCCCUUUCUCCUCAACCAAUCCAAUCCAAUAAAACCUUACAGACUCGUCCUCGAAGAUGAGGAGGAAGAAGAAGAAGCAGCAGCAGCAGAGGAAGCAUAAGAAGAAAACGAAGGGGAGGAUGAUGAUGGGGAACCGCUAGCGCUGUUACUGGUUUCCCCGCCACUUUUGAUCGGAUUGCCGGCUCAACAUUUCCGGAUCUCGUCGAUUCUCUCUGCACGCGGCGAUCUGUGUUGUUCCGGUUCGCAGCUAGAACGCAGUCAACGGAAAUGACGGACGGGGCCGGUUUUCCAGGCUUGCAACGGGGCAAGUCGGAGCUUCACCGCCGGAUCUCGGCUGCCUCCGUUUCCUUCCUUGCGUCCCGCUACUGCUCCGUCCUCCUGGUCUUAUGGAUCGUCGGGUUCGCGUCGGUAUUCUUCUGGCAGCGGGGCGCGGGAGACGGGCUGCGGGUUUUCCUGUGGGCGACCGCCGGGGGAUUCCAGUCGGCGCCUGGCGUUCGGUACAGAGUGUUCAACUUGGAGGACUUUGGGGCAGUCGGGGACGGGCUGACGGUGAACACUGCGGCGUUUGAGAGGGCGGUGGCGGAGAUUGCGAAGCACUCCAGAUGGGGCGGGGCCCAGCUGACUGUCCCUGCUGGUGUCUGGCUCACGGCGCCCUUCAACCUGACCAGUCAUAUGACGCUGUUCCUAGCUGCGGAUGCGGUAAUUCUGGGGAUCGAGGAUGAAGAGCUCUGGCCGCUGAUGCCCGCAUUGCCAUCAUAUGGAUAUGGGAGGGAGCAUCCUGGACCUCGAUACGGCAGUUUGAUCCAUGGCCAAAAUCUCAAGGAUGUCGAAAUAACAGGCCAAAAUGGCACGAUUGAUGGACAGGGCCAUGUAUGGUGGCGGAAGUACCGGCAAAAACUUCUCAAUCAUACUAGGGGUCCUCUUAUCCAGAUUAUGUGGUCAACUGACAUAAGGAUCUCAAAUAUCACUCUGCAAAAUUCGCCUUUUUGGACUCUGCAUCCCUUUGACUGCAAGAACGUAAACAUCUCAGGGGUCACAAUUUUGGCUCCUGUACAUGAUGCUCCCAACACGGAUGGGAUCGAUCCAGAUUCGUGUGAGAAUGUAGUCAUUGAGAACUGUUACAUUAGCGUUGGUGACGAUGGAAUUGCUAUAAAGAGUGGCUGGGACCAGUAUGGGAUUGCAUACAAUCGUUCAUCCACUAACAUUUAUAUUCGGAAUCUUGUUGUCCGUUCAAUGGUAAGUGCUGGUGUAUCCAUUGGUAGUGAGAUGUCUGGGGGCAUUUCUAAUGUCUCCAUGGAGAAUAUACAUGUCUGGAACUCGAAGCGUGCCAUCAGGAUCAAGACUGCACCAGGGAGAGGUGGUUACGUGCGGCACAUUUCCUAUAGGAAUCUGACGUUCGAUGAUGUUCGAGUAGGGAUCCUCGUUAAAACCGAUUACAAUGAGCACCCUGAUGAGGACUAUGAUCCAAAGGCAUUCCCCGUUCUUGAGAAUAUACAUUUCACAGGCGUCCGUGGACAGAGUGUUCGUGUGCCUGUUAGGAUUCAGGGCAGUGAUGACAUCCCCGUGAAAAAUGUGGUCUUCCGAGAUAUGUAUGUUGGAUUACAAUACAAGAAGAAACACAUCUUCCAGUGCUCCUAUGUCGAAGGUCGAGUUUACGGCAGCAUUUUCCCAGAACCAUGUGAGAACCUUGACCGCUAUGAUGAGCACGGGGAGCUGGUUAGUCGCUCAGUGUCACCCAAUGCUACUGACAUUGACUAUGAUUUCUGAUGCGUGGAGGUUCAAGCUUGAUUCCUCCUUCCACGAAGGAAAUGUUUCCUUGUAAAUGGAGCCUGUUUGAACCAUGAGAAGAGCCGCUGCUGGCUGUAAGUGUGGUUUCCAUUCACUUUUAAGAUCUGUUUUACUUUUUUCUUUUUCUUGGUUAUUUUGUACAAAAGAACAUGACUUAUUCAUGUGUAACAAAUGAGAGUAAAAAGCUUAUUCCACUGCCUAAAAACAUUAGCAAUGAGUUCCAUUA